AUGGUAUAUCNUGAACCCACUGUAGUUAGCUAUAGCAGUUCUUCAAACGACGGCGAUAGAUCCGACACAAAAAGCAGCGAAGACUCGUCUACCAGUGGGGAACUGUCUGACAAUGACGUUCCCGCGCUAUCGUUCGAUGCUUUGAAAAUUAGACCAAAGAGGGCAAAAAGAAUGACACUAUAUCAACCUCAGCUAAACAUUAUUCCAGAAAAUGCUAUAAUGUUUCAAAAGGCAAAGAAAAGGAGAGAAAUUUCUGUGACGUCACCUCCUCCGAAACAAUCCCCUCGCACUAUUUUGAACACAGUUCCUAGUUUAUCAGCCAUUCCUGAGUACGAGCAUUCGUCCAAUGGGGACGAGGAAUACUGGAACAAGAAAAAGAAAGCAAGAGCUCUUCGAAGGGGAGAUAGUCAAACUCACAAUGGUGUUAGACUCGAACCGAUUUCACAAGUGGAACAUCCACAAUUAAAAACUAAAAUGAAAGCUCAAAAGAAAAUCCGGAAACUGAUUUAUCUUCGCGAUGUUCCAGAGAAAAAAUACCAUCAUUAACGAAAAUGUUUUGUGAUAUGUGCUAUUUACCAUGACAGGAUUAUUAAAUAAUUGUUUUGUUACGUUUCAAACAACGCUAUGAGAAUCAUUGUCCAUGAAUUAAUCAGGCAGCGGGUCUGUCUGGGACCUUGGAAUUACUAAGGUGGAUCGUCACUCUUUUUAAAAUGCUUGACAUGUCAUGUAUGACGUCACUGUGUACCACAGGAAAAUAAUUAUGUUACAUAUGCUGAUAAGUUAUCUCGUCAUAUUAAUAUAUCACGUGACAACUGUGAAUAUUUCUUCAUGGGACGUUGACAUUGACGAGACGAGAAAGCAAAGUAAUUUGAAAUAGCUCAAUGAAAUUGUUCAUUACUGUUAAGUUACUUGUUUGUUUCACAACAUGAAUUUGACUGGACGACCGAUCUACGCACGUACACACUUGGCUAGUAAGCUUUAUCAUAAUGAUACGUUUGCCGCUACGCAAAAUAAAAUGCAUUGACAAAAUGCACAAAACACUGUUUUAUUUAAACAUCUACUUUAUUUUUAACAAUGACAGAUUCACCUGAAAAUUUGCCAGUUACACAAAAUCGUGUGUUAGGUUUGAAUUGACAUCUUUAACAUAACACCAGGGUUGUUUUGCAACAUACAGAGUAACCAACAAAACGAACGUCGAACAUUCGCUUACAUGUAUGUAAGUCAAUUGACAUGCUGCUCUAAAUAAUAGGCAUUGCUAAUGUUUCGACAACUUUGUGCCGUUUUGACCUUUUUGCCCUAAAAGCAGAUGCUUUGACAUCGUCCCGUCGUCCUGUCUCAUAUACGACACUUCUUAAAUACCCUCUUUUCGUAUAUCAAAUAAGCGAAAGGAAAUAUUCAAUAAGUUCAAACUAUUCCCCUUUCAAAUUAAAAAUGUGAAAGGGCGAAAGGCCGAGAAAAAUAAAUUGACAUAUCUUGCUCUUUUUCAUAUCCAAUUUGAGAAAAGAGGAAAGGUCGAUAAUAAAGAAGUAUUAAGUUUGGUCCUUUGUGAGUGAAACGAUAUUACGAAAGAAAAAAUGGCGCAAUACAGCUAUGGUAAAGACUAUUUAGGAUAUGUAUUGACAACAAAACGUGGGAGACAAACUUCAACAUUAUUUGUUACUAUAAUAAAUAGUGUAACAUUAUAAAGUGGGAGAGAGGAUUAGAUGACGCCUUGUUAGUGAAGUUCUGACAUUGCAACAUUAACAUACAACCACAGAUGCAUUUAAUUACAACGACUGUGUUAUACAAGCCACACGACACGCCAAGAGACUCUGGUAUGAAUUUAUUUAAUGUUGGCAUUCUUUAAGUUUCUUAACAAAAAUAAAUAGGCUAUUUUAAAUCACGUUACUUGAAUUUCUAUAUUUCUGCAAGUACGAGUUCUUCACUGUGAAAGUUUGACGUUAUUUUGAAACACUCGCUAGGACAAACAUGCUGUUGCACUAUAAUAUGCACCAUUCUGAUCUUAGCACUCGGCACAGACAAUAAACGGUAAUUUCGU